AUGGCGUUUUCUACAAUUGUCAAGCCUACUUCUUUUGAAGGUACAAAUAUGUUCAACUCAUUGAAAUUGGGGGAUACAGAUGUUUUACAUAGAGUGGUACUAGCACCUCUGACAAGAAUGAGAGCUCAUCAUCCAGGAAAUAUUCCAAAUACAGAAUGGACUCCAGAAUACUACAGUCAGAGGUCCGAACGUCCUGGUACUACUAUCAUCACGGAGUCGACAUAUGUCUCGAAACAAGCCGGUGGAUUUGAUCAUGCCCCAGGGAUUUGGUCAAACGAACAAGUCGAGGCUUGGAGACCUACAUUCAAGGCGAUACAUGACAACGGUAGUUUUUCUUGGGUUCAAUUAUGGGCUCUUGGUUGGGAAGCAGAUAUUCAGAAUUUAACCAGAGAUGGUUUGAAAUAUCAAGGGAUGACGGAUGGUGUAUAUAAGGAUAAAGAAACUGAAAAGGUGGCAGUUAAAUUGGGGAAUCCGAUUCAUGGGUUAUCAGUUGAUGAGAUUAAGCAAUACAUUAACGAUCAUAUUCAUGCGGCUAAAAACUCUCUUGCCGCAGGGGCCGAUGGCGUUGAACUGCAUGCUGCAAAUGGAUAUUUGUUGAUGCAAUCAUUAGAUCCAGCAUCUAAUAAACGUUGCGAUCAGUAUGGUGGAUCAAUUGAAAACAGAACUCGAUUUAUACUUGAAAUUAUCGAUGCCUUGAUCGAAGAGAUAGGUGCUCCAAAAAUUGGGAUCAGAAUUUCCCCUUUUUAUUCAACGGCAGGGAUGUCAGGAAGUAAAUAUCCUGGGUUAGUUGCUCAAUAUGCAUAUCUAUUAGGCGCUAUUGAAUCUAGGGCGAAGAUGGGGAAUCGGCUAGCCUAUGUUCAUAUCAUUGAUCCCAUUCCUCGGUGGACCCCCGGAAACUCCGAGGGAUAUCAAUUAGAGAGUAAUGCUUUUGUUUAUUCUAUAUGGAAAGGUCCAAUAAUUCGUGCAGGUGGGCUGGGACGAUUCCCACAGACAUCUAAAAAGUUUUUAAAAGAUGAUCGGACUUUAGUAGCUUAUGGUAGAUACUUUAUAUCGAACCCAGAUUUGGUGGACCGUCUCCAGAAGGGAUUCCCAUUGAAUGAAUAUGAUGAAGAUUCUUAUUAUACAAUGUCACCUCAUGGAUAUAUUGAUUAUCCAAAAUAUGACGAAGCUCUCAAACUUUGGGGGAAACUAUAG